AUGCCUCCUGCCGUUACGGCUAUCGAGCGAGCCAAACCCGACGAUGUCAACCAAGUCGAGGCGCCAGUGACCGUUAAAGCAUAUCUGAUGUGUGCUUUCGCUGCAUUCGGCGGUAUACUAUUCGGAUACGACAUUGGUUACAUCAACGGAAUAAUGGGCAUGCAAUACUUCAUUCAAGAGUUUGGAAACGGAAAUGUUACAGCUGGAAAGAAGUCCCUAAUUGUCUCAAUCUUGUCCCUGGGAACCUUCUUGGGUGCUUUGGUCGCUGGUGAUCUGGCUGAUUGGUUUGGUCGACGAACCACUGUCAUAGCUGGCUGUCUCGUCUUUGCGCUGGGAGCGGCCCUGCAAGAUGCCUCGUCUGCCUAUGGUCUAUUAAUCGCCGGCCGCUUCGUCGCAGGCUUGGGUGUCGGUUUCAUCUCUGCCAUCAUCAUUUUGUACAUGAGCGAGAUAGCUCCACGCAAGGUUCGUGGGGCCAUCGUGGGUUGUUACCAAUUCUGCAUCACGAUCGGCAUCAUGCUUGCUUCUCUUGUCACCUACGGAACUCAGCACCUCAACACCUCAGCAUCCUAUCGUAUUCCGAUCGCCAUCCAAUCUGUCUGGGCAUUGAUCCUCGGUCUUGGUCUUGCUUUCCUUCCCGAAACACCUCGAUAUUUCAUCAAGCAAGGAAAGAUUGAUGAGGCUGCCAAGUCUCUUGCUCGAUUGAGAGGUCAACCUCAAGACUCCGCCUUCAUCGUUGUCGAGCUAGCAGAGAUAGUGGCGAACCACGAGUAUGAGAUGCAAAUCGUGCCACAAACCGGUUAUUUUUCCACAUGGUUGAGCUGCUUCAAAGGUGGCCUUCGGAAUUCAAGCUCACCAUUACGACGCACUAUCUUGGGCACAUCACUGCAAAUGUUUCAGCAGUUCACUGGUAUCAACUUCAUUUUUUAUUACUCGACAACAUUCUUCGCCCUCCUGAACCUCGGUGUCGAUCCGUUCCUACUCUCUCUCGUCACCACGCUUGUCAAUGUCUUCUCGACUCCCAUCUCAUUCUGGACAGUGGAACGCUUUGGUCGACGUCCACUCCUGAUCUACGGUGCUCUCGGUAUGGCCAUAUCUCAGUUCAUCGUGGCAAUAGCAGGAACCGCAGCCGGCACGAACAAGAGUGUCAUCAAGGUAGAGAUCUCCUUCGUGGUGAUCUUCAUCUUCUUCUUCGCUUCGACCUGGGGUCCGGGUGCAUGGAUUGUUAUUGGAGAGAUCUUCUCUCUACCUAUCCGAUCAAAAGGUGUGGCUCUCUCGACCGCAAGCAACUGGUUAUGGAACUUCGUAAUCGCCAUCGUCACUCCCUACAUGGUAGGUGAGAACGAAGCUAAUCUGCGCGAGAAGGUCUUCUUUAUCUGGGGUUCCAUGUGCUUUGCUUGUAUGGUUUAUGCAUACCUGCUUGUACCUGAGACGAAAGGUUUGACUCUGGAACAAGUUGAUCGUAUGUUGGAGGAAAGCAGCCCGAGAACAAGCAGCAAAUGGAGACCAGGAAUGAACGACUUUUACUCUGUUCGCAAGCAGAGCGAGAACACGGCGGCGAAUGCUACCGGCCACGAACUCGAGGAUAUGUCAGCCAACAAGAAUACUGUUUGA